UGUAGUCUUCUGUGCUUUUAAAUCCAUGGAGUGGGAAUUGAGUUUCCAAAAUGGCGUUGUGUAGUGGCCAGUUUUGUAAAAGUCUUUUUCGAGUUUCACAAACUGUUCCUGUAGUAUGUACAAGAACAUUUCAUCCGUCACCCACAACCCCGGCCAUUCAAGCACCAGUAUCAAAGCCAGAAGGUCGUACAAAGUGUACAUUGAUUCCUGGGGAUGGCGUUGGACCUGAGCUGGUGUACUCUGUACAAGAAGUAUUCAAGGCUGCUGGCGUUCCAGUGGACUUUGAAACAUUUUUCUUCUCAGAAGUUCAUCACACAAUGAGUGCUCCACUGGAAGAUGUAGCUAAAUCCAUUGCUACCAACCGUAUUUGUCUUAAGGGGAUCCUUGCAACUCCUGAUUACAGUCAUACUGGGGAAUUGGCGUCACUGAAUAUGAAGCUGAGGAAUGCAUUAGACCUGUAUGCCAAUGUAGUGCAUGUGAAGAGUUUGCCUGGUGUGAAGUGUCGCCACCAGAAUGUGGAUGCUGUUAUCAUACGUGAGCAGACUGAAGGAGAGUAUUCUGCACUAGAACAUGAAUGUGUUAAGGGUGUUGUCGAAUGUUUGAAAAUUGUAACAAAAGUCAAAUCUGAGCGCAUAGCUAAGUUUGCUUUCGAUUAUGCAACCAGGAACAAUCGCAAGAAAGUGACAGCUGUCCAUAAAGCAAACAUCAUGAAGUUGGGUGAUGGACUCUUCCUGAAGAGCUGUCAAGAGAUUGCGAAACUUUAUCCCAAGAUCGAAUUUGAAACCAUGAUCGUUGAUAACUGUACCAUGCAGAUGGUUUCCAAUCCACGCCAGUUUGAUGUGAUGGUAACACCAAAUUUGUAUGGCAACAUUGUGGAUAACUUGGCAUCUGGUUUGGUUGGGGGAGCUGGGGUAGUUGCAGGAGCCAGCUACAGUGCAGAAUGUGUUGUCUUUGAACCAGGUGCAAGGCAUACAUACUCCGAGGCAGUAGGAAAGAAUGUAGCAAAUCCCACUGCAAUGCUUCUGUGUUCAGCAAAAAUGCUGAGCCAUGUGAACCUUCUGUAUUAUUGUGACAUGAUUCGCAAUGCAGUGAACAGGGUUCUGAAAGCUGGCAAGGUUAGAACAAAGGACUUGGGUGGGCAGUCAACUACUAAUGAAUAUACAUACGCCAUUAUCAACAGUCUCCGUUAGUGUAAGGUAUCUGUGUCGGUCAUGGUAGUUGUUUGAAGUUGAAAGAGAAGCAUGCAUGGGCCAGUUAGAUCUGAUGUUCAUAGUCUCUCAUGCAUUUGAAUUUUGGAAGUCGUUAAGAAUAUUGAAAAAUGCUUGGUACAUAUGACACUCGCAAGGCACGUGAUACAGCGCAAUGAAGAGAAGUAUGAUGUUUGUGAAUUCCUUUAUAAAAUGCAUUGUUUCAUAGCAAGUGUAAUUGUAAAUAAGUAGCUGUUAUUGAAUAAGAAAAUAUAUGUGGAGUAUUAUUUA